CGUUCCGUGAACCUGCUACUCGUGUAAGAAAUGUCCUAUCCUAUCCCCGGGGUGUUCUUCUAGCCCUACCACAUAUAUAUAUUCACAUAUAUAUAUUUCACUUUCCCGUCUCGUCCGAGACCCAUCGAUUGACCAAUGUCAAGCUGGCAAUUGUGAUAUCUUUUUCAUGUCUCAGGCCAUCUGGGACUCGGUGUGGGAGGACCCUUGUGACUCAUAUGACUGCUCAGCCUUAUGGUGCAUAACUGUGCUAACCGGUACCGUUGUCUUUACAGAGUUCAGAGCAACGAUAUCAUCGAUCGCCUCUUGCCUCUUGCCUCUCGCCUAUCAUAAAUCUGUUCCCCGCACCCGUUAUACCGAGUCAUCAUGUCCUUCUCCAACCCUCGAAGGACCCCGGUGACUCGCCCGGACUCAGGUCCCGGCAAUGGUCUAACCGUUAAGACGAACUUAACCCUACGGAAGGGAGCAACCUUCCAUUCUCCUGUCACUCCUCCGACUAGUCCACCUACUGCUGCUUCAUUCAGAGUACCCUCGCUACCUCGACGCUCUCAGACCAGUCUCGAUGAUGUUGUCGAUGCUCAUGUUCGUCGUGCUGCCUUAAACAUUGGCAAAUUCGAGGUGACCCUGUCGGCUAUCAAGGCCGAGCCGUUAUCCCCUAUAAGCCCCUUCUCGGACGACUGUCUUCCUAUCCCCAGAGGUUUCCUGGACAACACCCUAGUAGGAGACACAAUGUCCGAGGAACCGACUGCUUUCGAGCCGGAGCGAAGGACGUUACGUCCUCGCAGCCGUCGCUCUUCUCACCACCACGAGUCUGAUAGUGGGUUGGGAACAUCCAUUGCGUCUACAAAUCAGAAGCGGAAGGAGGCCAAGUCUUCUGGUACUGGCGCUUCAGCUAUCACAAGGUCGGCCACGGCCUCUAAGUCUCAGAAUAUUCAACGUCUUAGCUCGCGUGCUAGGAACCGCAUAUCUGAGCAUAUCCUGAAACCGCUAUUAGGUGAACCUUCACUCAAGGAGUUUCAUCCCAUUGUCCUUGACUGUCCCAGAAGGAUCCAGGAGGACCAGAUCGUUUGUCUCAGGGACCUCGAGAAGACACUUAUCUUUAUGGCACCAGAGACCGCAAAGUCUGUCGAACUAUAUCGCGACUUCUGCCUCACUUCGAUUCGAUGCAUCCAAGCUACCGUCGAAUACCUUAGCGACCGAGAACAAACCCGGCCUCACGAUCGACCUUACAACAGCGGCUACUUUAUCGAUCUUGUGGAACAAAUUCGCCAACACGCGCAACAGAUGCAAGAGGCCCGCAAGAGACAGGACGCUGGAGAGGAGCUAGACGAGAUGGACGUUGACCCAACUGACGAGGUAAAGCUUGUUGGUGGUCUUACAACCAACGGUCGACCAGCGGAGUUAGUUCGCGUAAAGAAGAAUGGCAAAGCUAUCUCCAUGGCUACCGGAAUGCCUGUUGAGGACCUUGAGGAAGAAGUAAAAGGCCCAAUCCGAUUUAAGCGUUCAAUGAGCGAGCAGGCCGAGGACGAAGAAGAAAUCAUGCGAUCCAUGGCUCGCCGAAAGAAGAACGCCUCGCCAGAGGAGCUCGCUCCUAAAAAGUGUGCCCACCCGGGUUGCAGUAAGGAAUUCAAGCGACCCUGUGAUCUGACAAAGCAUGAAAAGACGCAUUCUCGUCCUUGGAAGUGUCCCAUUCCUACCUGCAAAUACCACGAUUAUGGUUGGCCUACUGAGAAGGAGAUGGACCGACAUGUUAACGAUAAACAUUCGGCGGCUCCUCCCAUGUUCGAGUGCCAUUUCAAGCCAUGCCCAUAUAAGUCCAAGCGUGAAUCCAAUUGCAAGCAGCAUAUGGAGAAAGCGCACGGCUGGACAUACGUUAGGACCAAGACCAACGGUCAGAAGAAAUCAAGCAAAGCUAGCAGUUCUGCCCAACCUACACCUCUGAUUAAGAGCUUGCCCACCCCGAGUAGCGAGCAAACCGACCUCGUGAUGACACCACCUGAAGAUCCUCUAUAUGGUCACUACAACAAUGACCAUGAGUUCCCGACCUAUCCGUCAGAUCAGGAGUUCAAUGCUAGCUUAUAUGAACACCAACCGUUUGACAGUGACAUCCAACUGGAAUAUUCCCCAGUUGACAAUAACACGCCUUCUAGUGCUGACUCCGACCAGUUCAACACUUUUGAAGACCUGAGCCCUGAGUUUACUGGCCAAUUCGAAGAUAUCUAUGGUGCCCACGUACAAAUACCUACACCGACACACUCGGUUUACAACAAAGACAUUAGUGCUUUUGCAAACUUCACAGCGAAUGCCUGCCAGCAGUUUUCCAUGCCACAGCUCUCAACUCUCGGCCACGGUAAUCAACUCAUGUUGACACCGCCGACUAUGGUGGACGAGGGCUUUGAAGACUUCCAGCCUUGUCACAACCAGUUUGGCCAGGACUUCGCCCUGUUCCCUCCUAGCACGAUGGAUAAGUCGAGUGAUUUUACUCUUUUUGGAACUAUUCCACCCAGCCUUGCUGCCGGUUAUAGUCAACCAUCUUCUCAAGAUUUUAACAUUGAGUAUUCAUCUAUGGAUUGGACAGCAUCAGACUUUCCAGGCUUUCCGUCCAGCUAGUCGUUUUCAACUAGUAGCGGUAUUUGGGCCGAUUGUUGGAUGAAAAGCAAUUUUGGUGACUUGUGUAUGCUUUGCAUACAUUUUUAUCAAGCUGGUUUUACGCCAACUCUUGACGAUGUUACGAUGAUAACGAGUCGCGUAUUUUGGAGCGAAUUUAGGGGAACGUCAAUCCCAGAAUGCCUUCGUGGUUGAAGAUUACGGCAUAUGUGCUGAGGAUUUAGGGUUAGAUAGACAGCGCUCUGCUUGUUACACCCUGUGUACAGAUUCAUAUUAUUUUGCAUUAAGUUUAGCUUUGCUGAUAUGUCUACGGAUGUUUUUGAUAUGGCAAGGAGCGAUCUCGGAAACAACAUAGCUCGGGAAUUUUGCAGUUUUAGUUGCAGAGUACGGAGACAGAGAGGCAUCUCCAAUGAAAAAAAAACAAUUCAUUUACAUACCUCUUAUUUGUUCGAGAUAAAGCGACUGGUCUAUUUCUAACAUUGCCAAUUCUAUGAUAGGAAAAUACUUCCUGAUGGGUUAAUUUGAUAUGUCAAUCGAACUAGUGGGGAGUCGUACCCAGGCCGUCUGUCUGGCGGUUGGCAAAUGGCCCGCUUUUUAGUUUGGACUAGUUCAUCCGUGUCGAAAUUUAUUUGCAAAGGUUUUUCUUCUUUUGCUUCUGCU